AUGAACAAUGGAAUUUUCAAUGGCACUGUUCCUGGCCCGUUCAUCCGCGCUCGAGUCCGCGAUGUGGUUGAACUGUCGUUGACGAACCGUGACGAAACCGGAAACCCGCACAACAUCGACUAUCAUGCAAUUCUGGGACCGAGAGGGGGUUCUGCAUUGACAACGGCAGAAGAAGGCCAGACCAAGACCGCAAGGUUUCAGCUCCAUUGCCCAGGUCUUUAUAUGUACCAUUUUGCAGCUGCAUCGGUACCAGUGCAUAUUGCCAACGGCGUGUAUGGGCUCAUGUAUGUGCAACCAGCCGAAGGGGAUCUCGCUACAGUAGAUCGCGAGUACUAUGUGAUGCAGAGCGAUUUUUAUCACGAGGCACUGGAAAUCAAGGACGAUGGAAAACCGUCAUUUAAAAAUGAAGUUUUCGUAUCCAAAUGCGGUUCGAGAAGAGCCAAGUGUCGUUGUCUUCAAAUGGACAUGAGGCCGCGUUAA